AGUUUUUUGUUUUAAAAAGCGACCGUUUAUAAGUCGCUAGGUAAAAAAAAAAGUCAUGAGGUAAAAAGGGGCGCGCGCGCUUUCCUCGCCGUCACGUGACGCCCAACGGCUCUCAGAGCGCGAAGGGAGGGUUCCAUAAUGAUCAUUUCUUAUUUUCCUCCCAAGGACCAUGCGCCCCGCCGCGGCCGCUUUGUUUUGGCUGCUGCUUAUGCUGAGUGAGGCGCCACCGCCUGAAACCGCGCUUGCUGAUUGGUCCACCACGCGCGAAUGUGGGUUAAGGCCUGCUGUGCAACUCAGAACAGAGCCUCGGAUUAUAGGUGGUCGUGAUGCUCAGCUUGGGGCAUGGCCAUGGCAAGUUAGCCUUCAGCUUUACCGCUUUGGUAUUGGAUAUCACCAUGUUUGUGGUGGAGCUUUAAUUAAUAAGAACUCUGUGCUGACAGCAGCCCACUGUGUUAAAAGAUGGAAGCAUCCAGACUUUUGGAGAGUUGUACUUGGUUUGCAUCACCUUUUUGACCAUCGGGGUCAUACUGUAAAGAGCCUGGUCACAGCUAUUGACAUCCAUUCUAACUUCCAGAGGGAGUCCUAUGAAAAUGACGUUGCUUUGCUUAAAUUAGAAAGAUCUGUUAUAUUCAAUGAUUAUAUCCAGCCCAUCUGUUUACCUGACCCUUCUCUUCCUAUAACAGAUGAAACCUUAUGUUACAUAACUGGAUGGGGGAGCAUAAAGGAGAAAGGUCAAGUAAAUUAUAUAUUACAAGAAGCUCAGGUUGACGUCUUCCCACUAUAUAUCUGUAACAGUUUUGAGUGGUAUGCUGGAUCAGUAUCAUGGAAUAUGUUGUGUGCUGGCUCUGAAGGUGGAGAGGUUGAUAGCUGUCAGGGAGACAGUGGUGGACCUCUGAUGUGCUAUUCUCGAAAUGACAAAAAGUAUUACCUGGUAGGAAUCACCAGCUAUGGUGUUGGCUGUGGCCGACCAAGACUUCCAGGAAUCUAUGUACGCCUAAUUAAUUACAGAAAAUGGGUGGAUACACGUGCUGCUCUGUUUAACCAAACUACCACUCUGAGCAUCAAACAUAUUCUCAUUGUUUUCACAGUGGGAUGGGUAACCUUUCACCUUGCUCUUGAAAGUAGUAAUAUUUUCUUCCACUGAACUAGAAUGUAUUUAUUUUUCUUAUAAGGUGGUUUAUUUAGCAAAAUUAAUUUUAAUAAUGAUAAUGAAUAAUAUUGUCUAUCCCCCCUCCAUAGGUUGAAAAUCACAUUUACUGUCCAGUUUUAAAAAGUAAACCUUAAGUAUAUUAUUAGUUAGGCACAAAUUGCAUUAUAUCAUACUGUUCCAGAUCACUUAAAAGAUGUGUGUGUGUGUAUUUGUGAUAAAGAUGAUCUCUUAAGUUGGAAAUGCUUUCCUCUCAGGAGAGGAUUAAUCAUUUACUGACAUACAUGACCCCUCCUAUAUAUGAAUAAAUGAACAUGAUGGAUACUUAAUAUUGCUAUACUUUCUGUGGCAUUUUAAUAAUAAAAGCACAUUACAAUAGACUAUAGACACCAAGUUUGAAAUUCCAGUGCAGUAUUCUUUGCCAUCCAUUGCCUUGUCUAUAAUUGUAAUGGGGAGCACAUACAUCCUGGAGACCUUUGACCAAAAGUAUACCCAACGUUUUUAAAGAAUUUGACUUUCACCUAUUAUAAAAUUUGAUAGCAGUAAUUGCUUGGUCUGCUGUUGCCUAUAUAACAAACUAAGCAGAACACAUAUUUUUCCUUAAGAAACAGCUUGAACAAAAUUAUUAUUUAAAAAAAGUUUACGUUGUGAUUCAUGAAAUUGCAAACUGUUUCAUGUGGUUUUGAAUUGUAUCUGUAGGAGACACUAUUGAUGGAGUAUGGAGAGUAUUAAAGCAGUAAGGUUCCAACAACCCUGUACUCAUAUAUGGCAAAAGGGGACAUGGGCAUUAUAGGUUGUAGGCUGUGUUCUCCUUGCCUUGCUUAUUUAUUGCCUUGCGUAUCACUCCAAAGUUGUUGGAAUUUAGUGAUAGGAAAAGUUAAUGGAACACUUCCAAGUGGUAAAAUGGUCGAUUGCAACCUCCUAUGAGUGCUCCACUUCAGGGGGAUACUUUACUCAGUGAUCGAUGCCCAAAAUAUUAGACUGUCUGAAAUAUCUCCCUGGAUCAAAAAUAAAUUAGAGGCUCACUCACGAGUGCUUGAGAACUUGGCUCCAAGCAAAAAAGAUGGUUAUUUUGAUAGCAGUCUGGCCAAGUGGGUGAGAGAAAGAGCAUACCCAGCAGCAGGAAAGCUUGCUGUUUCUUUAUUAAUGGGCAUUCGAUUUGUCAACCCUUUAAUUUUAUAGAUUAUAAAUUACUGAAUUACACCAAAGGGAGGCUUUCUGGAUCAGUGUUGGCAGUAAUUCUACUGUGAAUGACCAUCUUCAUUUGAUUGGGAGUGAAUGAGU